CAGGCCCGGGGGUUAGCAGAGCCUUGGCUUGACAAGAGAGGCAGCCAUUGCCUGUCUGGGGAGAGAUCAUACUCUGUUUGGGAUUUCCAUCAAUCUCACUCGCUUUUCUGGGGCUUCUCAUGCCACUUUUGCUGGUGACAGAUUGGAACAAAGCAGUGAGAAGCUGAGCGGUACUCCUCACAAGUCAUCCCAUCUCCACGGAUUAAAAAAAAAGAAAAAACCACCCAGGAAGGAACAGGACGCAGACAGGGCUGCAUGCUGCUAAUACCGUGUGAGGCAGAAAAUGAUGCACUCAGCAUAGACUCCAGAAAGGAAUCCUGAUCCUCUUCUAACUCCAACUGAAGACCCUUGCCAAAAUAUAAGGAUGUCUUCCAAGCGACCAGCCUCUCCGUAUGGGGAAACAGAUGGAGAGGUAGCCAUGGUGACAGGCAGACAGAAAGUGGAAGAAGAAGAGAGUGACGGGCUCCAAGCCUUUCACCUUCCUUUGCAUGUGAGUUAUCCCAACAAGCCUCAUUCUGAGGAAUUUCAGCCAGUUUCUCUGCUGACGCAAGAGCCUUGCGGCCAUAGGACUCCCACCUCUCAGCAAAACACAAUGGAAGUUGAUGGCAAUAAAGUGAUGUCUUCAUUUGCCCCGCACAACUCAUCUACCUCGCCCUCAAAGGCAGAAGAAGGUGGGCGUCAAAGUGGAGAGUCCUUCUCCAGCACAGCACUGGGAACUCCGGAAAGGCGCAAAGGCAGCCUGGCCGACGUUGUGGACACUCUAAAACAAAGGAAAAUGGAGGAGCUUAUCAAGAAUGAACCAGAAGAAACCCCAAGUAUUGAAAAGCUACUAUCAAAAGAUUGGAAGGACAAGCUUCUUGCCAUGGGAUCAGGGAACUUUGGAGAAAUAAAAGGGACUCCAGAGAGCCUAGCUGAGAAGGAGAGGCAGCUUAUGGGCAUGAUCAAUCAGCUGACCAGUUUGCGGGAGCAGCUGCUGGCAGCUCACGAUGAGCAGAAGAAACUGGCGGCCUCACAAAUUGAGAAGCAGCGCCAGCAAAUGGAGCUGGCCAAGCAGCAACAAGAACAGAUUGCAAGGCAACAGCAGCAGCUUCUUCAGCAGCAACACAAAAUCAACCUUCUUCAGCAACAGAUCCAGCAGGUCCAAGGUCAGCUGCCGCCAUUAAUGAUUCCAGUAUUCCCUCCAGACCAGCGGACUCUAGCAGCGGCGGCCCAGCAAGGAUUUCUCCUUCCUCCCGGUUUCAGCUACAAGGCCGGCUGCAGUGACCCUUACCCUGUUCAGCUGAUCCCAACAACCAUGGCAGCUGCUGCCGCGGCAACCCCAGGCUUAGGCCCACUCCAACUGCAGCAGUUGUAUGCUGCUCAGCUUGCUGCGAUGCAAGUAUCUCCUGGUGGAAAAAUACCCGGCAUCCCCCAAAGCAACAUCGGUGCAGCAGUAUCACCUACCAGCAUCCAUCCAGACAAGAGCACAACCAGCCCUCCACCCAAAAGCAAGGACGAGGUGGCCCAGCCACUGAACCUCUCAGCAAAACCCAAGACAACUGACAGCAAGUCUCCCACAUCGCCAACCUCUCCUCACAUGCCAGCACUAAGAAUAAAUAGUGGGAGCAGCUCACUUAAAUCUUCUGUGCCAGCAUCAUUAGCUAGUCCUUCAACCAGAGUCAACACAAUAGAUAUCCUUUCAUCUAUCACGUCAUCGGGUUACUUAAACGAUCACGAUGCUGUUACCAAGGCAAUCCAGGAGGCUCGGCAGAUGAAGGAGCAGCUACGGCGGGAGCAACAGGUGCUUGAUGGGAAGGUUGCUGUGGCGAACAACUUGGGUCUAAACAACUGCAGGACAGACAAGGACAAAACAACAUUGGAGAACCUGACUCAACAAUUGGCAGUCAAACAGAACGAAGACGGGAAGUUUAGCCACACUAUGAUGGAUUUCAACAUGAGCGGAGAUUCUGACGGAAGCGCAGGUGUCUCAGAAUCUCGGAUUUACCGGGAAUCCAGAGGGCGUGGGAGCAACGAGCCCCACAUCAAGCGCCCAAUGAAUGCCUUCAUGGUGUGGGCAAAAGACGAGCGAAGGAAGAUACUGCAGGCCUUCCCUGAUAUGCACAACUCCAACAUCAGCAAAAUACUGGGCUCUCGCUGGAAAGCUAUGACGAACCUUGAAAAACAGCCGUACUAUGAGGAGCAGGCCCGUCUCAGCAAGCAACACCUGGAGAAGUAUCCAGACUACAAAUACAAGCCCAGGCCGAAGCGCACAUGCUUAGUGGAUGGGAAGAAGUUGCGGAUCGGCGAAUAUAAGGCAAUCAUGCGCAAUCGACGUCAAGAGAUGAGGCAGUAUUUCAAUGUCGGACAGCAAGCACAGAUUCCUAUUGCAACGGCUGGUGUAGUCUACCCAGGGGCCAUUGCCAUGGCAGGAAUGCCGUCCCCGCAUCUGCCCUCGGAGCACUCAAGUGUGUCUAGCAGCCCAGAGCCUGGGAUGCCCGUUAUCCAGAGCACUUAUGGCAUCAAAAGCGAAGAGACCUCUCACGUCAAAGAGGAGAUGCAUACUGAUGACAUCAACGGCGAAAUGUAUGACGAGUUUGACGAGGAGGACGAUGACCCUGACGUGGAUUAUGGUAGCGAUAGUGAAAACCACAUCGCAGGACAAGCCAACUGAUAAGAGGGGUCCCAGUUCUUGGUGAUGACCUUGGAGGACUUCAGUGGGAAGCCCCAGCUGGUUCCUAACCCCAGUGGCCAAGCACACGAACUUAAUCCUCAUACACUGACUGUUACUUAAACUCUUAGUCUUAACUAGUUGGGACAUCAGCUGAUUAAUAGACAUCAGCCUCCACCGGAAAACUUUUUAAAAGCAAAACAAAAAAAGAUUAAAAGAGACAGAGGCUCAGAGGAAGAAUCAAUGACAAGGAAGACAACUCAUGAUGACAAAUAUAUAUAUAUAUAUAUAUAUAUAUAUAUAUAUAUAAAACACGGAUGAAAAUAAGCUAUGGGUAACAUAAUGCCAGUAACUCAGCUGCUAUACCCAAGCACUGAAGUCUUACCCAUUCAACCUUUUAUUAUUAUUUUUUUUCAAAUAAACUUUAUGGCUGUUUGUUCUACAAUGUUCUAGAAAAUUCUCACUCAGGUACACAGUGCCAACAAGUGGCUUGUGAAUGUGUUCUGUUGUUUUGUGCUACAGGUUAAAGAAAAAUAAGAUUUUUGGGGUGGGGUGGGGAGGAACUAAUGCCCCUGACCGGAGGGAAGGGAAAUAAAUGAUAAAAUUCUUUAUACUUCCCCCUCCAAUUUUUCCGCCUUCUUUUCUUCCUCCUUUCCAGAGUUAAGGUUUAAGGCACGUAUGUGUCUGGGCAGAAUGUGGGGACCUGGCCCAUUUCUAGCCCAUGCAGCACUGCACAUUCUGAUUCACAGCUAUUGCUGCUCAGUAGCAAGGACGAGAUCAUUGUUAAUGCUUCAAGGUGUAGGAGCUGUUAAGAGCCCUGGGGUGGUUUCCUCUAGUGCAAACUGAUUUCUGUACAGGCUGCAGUAAACCUUUGAGCCUUUUUAUAGUUUCGUAGCCCGCGUAUUGAAGCUGCCUUAUGCCAGUUCAGGCCAUUGGUCUGUCCAGUGCCAUGCUGCCAGUUAUAACAGUCAGUGGCUCUCUGGAGUCUCGGCCAACGGUCUGAGCUCUAGAGAUGCCCAAUAUUGAACCUGGGACCUUUCAUGAACUAAAAAUUAUUUUAUUGUUAGUAUUUAUUGGAUUCCUUUCACUCAAGGUCCCAGGGCGGGUUACGGCUAUAUGAAAAUGCAAUAUUAAAAUCAGUUAACACAAAUUAAAACAAUUUAUGCUCUACCACUGAGUUAUGGCCUUUCCUUCAACCAAAACACAUAAUUUUGUCCCCUCUCCCUUGCAAACACUCGGCUCUACAUCUGCCCUUCCUUCCUUUUCAGUCUACGCACAUCCUUAGAUGGGUCACUGCAGUCAUCACUUGGCAGUUGACAAUGGAUUAUCAUCAACCAAAUCCUACUCAGAGUAGACCCAUUGGAAUUAACUAACCUAAGUGAAUCAUGUCUAUUAAUUUCAGUGGGCCAGUCUGAGGAGGACUUGUAUUGAAUACCACCCAUGGUCAGCUGGGAGCCUCACACCUGUCCUUAUCCCAACCUGAUCUCUUAUUGUCAUUAUGGACGUGAAUGAGCAUAUGCUGCCACAUGGGCUGCAAUGGACAUGCUGUAUUUCUGCUGUUGCCAUGCCCCCCCCACAAUCAGCCCCCUCCUUUCUAGACAGGGCCUGCUUUCACCAAUUGCACACCAGAUGUAGUCUUCGAGCAAGUGCCAAAUUUGUAUUCACAUGCUGAACAACUUCCAUUUCAUCUUUUCUUUCCGAGUUAGUUGUCUUUUUUUUCUUUAUUUCUGUCAUAUCAUCUUCAGUCUUAAGUUAAGACAAUGUUGUGUCUUAGACAAUCCCUUGAAGAACCUGAUUACCAGCAGCUGGUGAGGUUAGAUUUUUUUUUUAAAAAAAAAUCUUUAAUGUUUUUAAAGAUACAAUUUAAAGGAAACUGUGCGUGCCAUCCGUUCUCAGGUGAAACAGAGAGAAAGAGAGAAAGAAACGAGAUUUAGGGGGAAAAUACGAUCUUGGACUUGUGUGUGUAUGCGGAUGUGGGUGAUUAUAGUACUAAUAAAAUAUCAGACAAUGGUUAGCAGGGAAAGCAAGUUAAUGGAUGAUAUUCCCAAACGAGUGAGACUGUAUGGCAUCCUUAAUUUACAUGUCAAAUUACUACAUGUAGUAGAUUUCCAGAGUUUGCAUAUUAAGUGUAGAGGUGAGGAAUGUGAAGGGCUAACUUCCUAAUACAAGUAUUGGGAUUAAAAAGGUGAGGAUGGCGACCUCAGCUUUUAGGGUGCAGAAAGUGACUUUCAGGCCCAGAGUAACAUCCUCUAUGUGGUGGGGGCUGAGCCUGCACCUCAAGAGCAUGGAUGCCCAACACCAUGCAAACAAAAUCUUGCAUGAGCUGUGAAAAUCAUUUGUAUGAAUAAUUCACCCAAUAUGUGUGACUCUUCUCCUUCCCAGACCUGCGUGCCCAGAAGGGGAGAGAUGGUGCAGAUUGGGCAAGUCAAGACGUUUCCCAUGAGCUGUCAUUCCACUUGGUGCUCAGGCCCCCAGUCACAUUCCCCGUGAACUGAAGCACACUGCCGUGGGCCCAAUUGUCUGAACUUGGCUUUUGAAUAUUGAUUGCUGUGUCAGCCUUGCGAUGCAAAAUGUAACAUUGCCCCAGUGUUGUUGGGAUGUCGUUUUGGUGUUGCAGGGAGAUUCCACCAGCUAAAACAAUUUGGUUUCCAUUCACAAGCCAAUUGAGUCAAAGUAUUUGCUUUGAAGCUGAUUUACUCCCGAAUCAUAGUGAUUAGGUACAUCCCAAUCAAGGGCCCCUGCAAUACACCCUAGACUUCCGGCGCCUAGCACUGCCUCAUUCAUUCUAAUAUCACAGAAUGUUUGGUACACAUAAUUCCAUCUGAUUGGGCAUUGCCCCAUGUUGGAGUGAAUGGGACGGAGCCCUGGUCUCAUUGUGUGCCUUGUCUACUUUGGGCCCGUUCAAGCUUUGGCUUCCUGUCAUGAUGAGGAAGUCAUGAUGAUUGGGCAAGUCAAGACUAGAAUGUUGCCCGAACUGACAUCAACGGGACCAUGUCAGCUAAAUGGAAGAACUUUGCCAUAAGUGCUUUGCAGUUCAGGCUGCCAGACAGCAGCCUGUCACCUACUACAGAGGAGUGCCAUAGGUUUGAUGGUGACUGUCUCAAAAUAAGUGGCUCCAUAUAGGAGUUGUUCUCACAGGGGAUGCUAACACAGAUGCUGCAGACUCAUAGGCGAAUCAACAUUCUGCCAUUCUUUUGUGUGCCAUUAUUAAUUAUACUGCAGUGGGUUUACUACACCUGAGAGCUACAUAGAUAGAGCUGCAUGUACACUGUAGCCUGGUUUGCAUAUGAUGCUAAGCCAUUGUUUGUUUCGCUUAACUUUGGUUUGUUUGUAUGUUCAAGCCAACCCCAACCAACCAACUAUGGUUUGUUUGUGGCCAACAAACCAGAAAACGAAACCAUGGUUUGAAAGUGGCUUUCAGUUCUCAGCCUAUGUUAACCAUGGUUUCUCAUUAUGUCUGAACCCACUAUUUUGUCUUAAUCCUGAUUUGUUUAGUGCCCUAUAGCAGAUACUCAGCUAUAAAUGUACAAGAUGGUCGUUUAGAAAAUGAAAUUAACAUUAGGCAAAACAAACCAUAAUUACUUCACUCAUCUGCAGAACUAAUCCUGCUUUGUUGAACAAACCAUGGUUAAAACAAACUAUGGCUUAGUGUUACUUGCCAACUGGACAAUGAUUGUGGUACAGUAAGUACAGAAGAUAUACCGAGCUUAUUGAGAAUCCCAGCAAUCUUUUUUUUUAAAAAAAAGCAAGUCUUUAGUCCUUACCAUUGCAAAGGUUUUCUUGAAAGUGAGUGGACAAACACCUGGUGGAAUCUCAGAAGCUUAGAGUGGUAGCUUAAUAAUAUUUCUUAAGCUCUCCAAUACCUUAUGACAGCAGAGGCAAACUGAGGCUGCAACGUGUACUAGGGUAUAAGUCCCACUGAGUUAUUUCUAAGUAAACAUGCAUAAGGUUAGGCUGUGGGUGAUGCAAGACAGUAAAAGGAACCACUGAAUAAUCAAUAUGGGGAAAGAGGAAAUAUGGAGAUGUGGGCUUACUCUGCAUUGUUGCUAAGGCUUGCAGAAUGUGGCUUACCUCAAGGCAAAGGUCUGUGGUUUGGCAUAGACACAGCCAGAAUCCCUUAGGGUUGUGCACCCACAAGUGCACUUGCACUCUCCUACCAGCACACCUCACGUCCAACCAUUUCUGCACUUGCAUAAAGUGCUUUGCAACCACACAGCUGUAGACAAUGGUAGCUCUUCUCAAGAAGACUCACCAUCAACCUACACUUCUAUACACCUUUACACAAGGCUGGCUCAGUUCAAAUGUUUGUGACAUUGGCCAAGCACUUAGAAUGCUCCAUCCUGCAUCCUUACUUGUCUAGGUAUCCAGAGGUGGGAUUAGGCUUGCAAAUCAGGAAGUUUUCCUAAAUGAGCAAGAAAGUGUUGAUUCAUUGUAAUAAUUUACUUAAGUGAGGUGUGGAAUGUCCCCACAGGCCAGAUGAAUAUCUGUCUAUAGUUCCUUAGUCGCUGGAUCCCAUCCUAGUAUACGGAGUUGGGUUUGUUGACCUUAUAGGUUCUCUCUGUCUCUAUAGGUCUGUUUGCCAAUCAUGCAUGCCUGUACAUCAGCUGAUUAGGUGAUUACUCAGUGGUUGAUUACUCUCAUUUGAAUGUGUGAAUUGACUCCUCCAAAAAAGCAUUGUGUACAGAUGGGUGGGGUGGGUGGUGCCCAAGCAAAGGUUUCAUGGUUAUUGCAGUCUUAAAAAUGUCUGGCCAUAUUCAGUGGCUAUAAUGUGCUUGCCUGGGUAUGUCCAAAAUAGUGGCAAGCCAUAUCCAAGACUGCAAUCAUGGGAAGGGAUGUUACUAUCAAAUAUGUUCAGGCACACUAUGUUAUUUUCAAGAUGGUGGUAUUUAUUUACAUCAGAGACCAUUGCCGCCAUCUUGGAUAAUCUUAUACAGGUAGUGCAAGUGCUGUAUUUUCCCAGGAAUCAACAAGAUAGUGGCAUUCACAGAGCUAUAGCCACUGGGAAUGAAGCAGAAGAUUUUGUUGAAUAAAAUCUUAAGCCUAGAUCUGAGGAGGAUCUUUAAGGACGUAGGUGGGAGAAGACUCAAAAGGGUAAAAAACCAUUUAAGAAUUGUUCAGUCAAUCUCUAUUCAUCCUUAUUAACCCUUUUAAGAAUCACUCUCUUGUUGUUCAUGUCAAAAUGCUACUGCAAACAUAACCCUCUCCAGACUUCUGGCAAAGCAAACAUCCCAGUGCAACUGAAGAGUUUUGACAACGCUUAAAUGGGUGGUUGGGAAGUGAGAUAUGAUUUGAUUCCCACCUCUCCCUCAACAAUCCUCUCUCAUUCUCAUUCUCUCUUUCUCUCUCUCUCUCUAGAAAGACAUGCUCUGGGUUGAUACUCAGAGUAGUACAUCAUAUUCUCUAUGUCAGAAAUGUCUUGUUUUGUAUUGGUUAUUGGUUGUAUUUGAUUGUGUGUGAGGAGUUUUUUUCUUCAGUUUGAACUGCCUCUUCAUGCUAGUGUUGUAAUGGUACUUAUAAUAAUGAUAAGAAUAACAAUGGUCAGCUGUUCCCAGAUAGUAAAUUAUGCAUAAUUUAUUUUCUUCUCUUUUUCUACAUUAUGAUGGUGUUUUCAAUUUGGCAGUCACCAUGAACGAGUACAGCUGUUAAGGUAUUUUUUUAAAUGAUUCUCCUGUUGGAAAAACAGCUGCAAUGUCACUAUUGCCCACUCAUCCUUUUUUUAAACAAAACAAAAAAAAGAAACAGUAAUUUUGAGCCCACUGUCCCAUCAAGCAUGGGCACUUCUUAUGAUGGGAUGAAUUACAGGAGUGUUGAGUUCAAUCUUAAUUAAUGUCACUCAGUUUGGGUUAUUUAAUGAUACUCUAGAGCUAUUCAACGCAUUCUGGUUAAAAACUAAA